CUUCUGUGAUUCGCCCUUCGUGAUUACACUAUACUUUACAUGUAGUAGCACGCGAAUGUGCUGCCAUCGUACACAAUUUUAGAGUAACAUUUUUAACAAAAAAAUAUCUCGCCUAAAUUGGGGGUAUUUCAUACACGUUUUGUGUGGCGGCCAUCGUGCACGUACUUUUCCUUUGUUAGUGAAAUAAUUGUGUUUUUACUAAGUUUAGUGUAGUGUUUUGUGUUUGCGGAUAAAAUGGGAAAACGCAAACAUCGUGAGGAAGAUGAGGAAGAUUACUUGGAAAGAAAAAUCCGAAGUCUCGAGAGGAAAAGAUUGAAGAUUCGUCGCAGGCGCCGUCAUCGUAGUUAUAGCCCUAGUACGUCCUCAUAUACAGAUAAUGAAUAUGAGUAUGCGGACCAAGAUAUCGGUGAGCCCGAUCCCUUGCUAGAGGAUUCGCAAUAUGAAGAAUCCCCAUUGACCAACAAUACUGUAUACGACUUAACCGAUGAUGAGGUCGGUGCUUCAACGUCGGGUGCGCUGCCUGCUGCUGGCGGGCUGCGAUCGGUGGUCAUACAGAAUAGAAGCGCCGCCGGGCCCCGCGCGGUGGACGCGCCGGCCCCCGCGCCCCCUCCCGCACCCGCCGCCGCCGCCGCGCCGGCGUGCGCGCCCGCGGCCGCGACCACCACGCCGGCUGCGCCCGCUCCCGCGCCUACAUCCGCAGCUACCACCACACAGGUGACCGGUGAACAAAUUGGUUUACAAGAAUCUACGCCGAUUGUGACCGCGCUUGAUCCCGGUUUAUUAUGUUUGUUGGGCGAUGAGCCCGUAAAAGAAGAAACAUUUGGUCCUUGCAUUCACGACGAUAUCUCGACGAGAUGGUCCGACAUUCUAGUUAAUGGUAUGAAGGACGAUAUUAAGAAUGAUAUUUUAAAACGUUACGAAAUACCAGAAAAUUUAAAAUUAGCGCAAGCUCCUAUACUCAAUCCCGAGAUUAAGGUGGCGUGUAAUGAUAAUGUUUUAAAACGGGAUAAUAUUCUAAGUGACAAACAAAAGUUGCUCUCGACUAUUAUAACAGGAGUUGCCAAUACAUUGUCGAAUAUCUUGACAACAGAUUCAACUUUAGACAACAACAAACAGGGGAUCAUAAAGUCACUGAGCGAUACAGGUAGACUAUUAUGUCACUUACAUUUUUCAGAGACUCAGAGCAGGCGUAAUUUCUUGGUGCCUAGUUUAAAUAAGGAGAUCAAGGAUAAUAUUAAGGACUUAAAGCGCGAUAGUUUGCUUUUUGGUAAAGAAUUACAAGAAAGUCUGAAGUCAAUAAAAGCAAUGACUAAAACCGGAGCAGAAUUGAGACCGACUGUCACAAAGCCUAAAUGGACGCCCAAGCACCAACAGGCAGGAGCAGGACCGUCGACAUCGAGGGCUUUAAACUGGAGGGGGCAACCGUCGUCGGCGUCGCGGCCGCCGCCUCGCCAGAGUCGCCAGACGCCAGCGAGGACGAGCUACACGCGUGGCGGGCGCAGACCGCCGCCGCCGUCCCGCCGCGCGAGCGACCGCCGAGCGCCGCCGCCGCGGCCGCACACCCGGACCUCGCGCCGCUAGCAUCGGAUGCUGAUACACAACCUCAGGCUGGUAGACUUCAAUUUUUUUAUAAAGUAUGGUUAGGCAUUACCAAGGAUCCCACCGUAUUGUCUUGGGUCCGUGGUGUGCGUAUUCCAAUAUCGGAUUGUAUAUCUCAAUCGAAUAUUCCUGUUAACAAACCCGAGUCGGUUGCACACGAGACGAGUAUGAACGAGGAAGUCAAAAAACUUAUUAGUGCUGGUGCCAUACAAGA